AUGGUUGAUGGAAAGAUGUGUCAACCGUCAGAUUCCCCGGCGUGGAAACAUUUUAGUAAAUUGCAUACAGAGUUUGCGGAAGAAAUUCGAAAUAUCAGACUAGGCCUGUGUACUGAUGGGUUUCAACCAUUUGGGGCCUUCGGGCAGAAUUAUUCAUCAUGGCCAGUAAUUUUGACACCUUACAAUCUCCCUCCAGGAAUGUGUAUGAAAGAUGAGUUCAUGUUUUUAACUGUUAUUGUCCCUGGGCCUCGAAAUCCUAAACAUCAAAUGGAUAUUUUCCUGCAGCCGUUGAUAGCUGAGCUAAACCAACUUUGGGAAUUUGGAGUCCAGACAUUCGACGUUCAUAGCACAUCUGGGAGACUGGCUUGCCCUCACUGCAUGGAAAAUACAGAUGCUUUCACGCUUAAAGGGAGUAGAAAACAGUCGUGGUUUGACUGCCACAGAAAGUUCUUGCCUCGUGGUCACCCGUACCGUCGCAACACAACUCAAUUCCGUAAAGGGAAAACCGUAAACAAAGAAUUCGGACACCCGAAAACCGGAGAAGAAUUGUUGGCAGAGGUGGACAGUCUGGGGUUUAUGAAGGCAUAUGAAAUUGGGGCUGAGAAAAAUAAUGCUACGAAGUCGGAAAAUUAUGACCAUGCAAAAUCUAGAGAAGAGUUGAAUGACAUAUGUGAUCGGCCUGAGUUAGCUAAAGAUCCGGUUACUGGGAGAUUUCCUAAGGCGAUGUAUGCUUUGGACAGGGACGGGAAAAAAGCUUUACUUGAGUGGAUUAAGUUAAUAAGGUUUCCAGAUGGCUACGCGUCCAACUUGUCCAGAUGUGUCGAUACAAUCGGUCUGAAAAUGCAUGGAAUGAAAAGUCACGACUGCCACAUUUUUAUGCAAAGACUUCUGCCAAUCGCUCUCCGUGAGCUAUUACCGAAGGAAGUCUGGGAGCCUUUAACAGAGCUGAGUAUCUUCUUUCGUGAGUUAACCUCCACGUCUCUAACAGAGAUAGAUCUAGAUCGUAUGAGGCUGGAAAUCCCAAAGAUACUGUGCAAGCUGGAACGUAUUUUUCCGCCCAGCUUUUUUGACUCCAUGGAACAUUUACCCGUACAUCUGCCUAUAUAUAUUGACAUGUCAUGUUCACUAACUGAGGAAUGUGGAAUCAGAUAUUUGAGAAAGCUGGAAAAAAAAGUCAGCAAUAAAGGGAGGGUGGAAGGAAGUAUCAGUAGCGGAUACUUGAAUGAAGAAACCGCAAAAUUUGCAGCUUAUUACUUUUCAGAAGGUGACCCAAUGAUACCUGAGCGGCCGCAAAGGAAUGAAGUUUAUGACAUUGAAGUCGAUGACGAUGUCGACAGACUAUCUAUUUUCAAGCCGCACGGGCAAUCAGUGGGUGCUUGCCGCAAGAGAUAUCUUGAAGAUUCUGAGAUUGUUGCUGCUCGGACAUAUGUUCUGUUGAAUUGUUCAGAAAUUGAAAAUUACAGAGAGGUUUUCGAAGGCGAGUUGCGCAGAGAAAACCCUGAAAUCACCAUCUCUCAAAUUGAAGCGAAGUUCGAGAGUCAAUUUGCCUACUGGUUUCAACAAUACGUGCAAGAUCCAACUGUUUCUACUAAUCCCUUUAUUCUUAGUCUCGCUAAAGGACCUCUUAGAUCAGUAAGAACAUUUAAGGGGUACCGUGUAAACGGAUUUAAGUUUCAGACUCAAGCUUAUGGGGAGGAACAGCUUACUAUGAAUAGUGGAGUCUGCGUGAAGGGAACUCAAUAUGUCGACAGCGAAAAUGACUUUUAUGGAGUUCUGACAGACAUAAUUGAGCUGGAGUAUCCGGCUCUUCCAAUGAAGACGACUGUCUUAUUUAAAUGCGAGUGGUUCGACCCAGCACGAAAUUCUGGCACAAUUAGUAACAAAAAAUACAACAUGGUGGAUAUUAAUAACAGAAGGAGAUACAAUAAGUAUGAACCAUUCAUCUUAGCCGAACAGGCCGACCAAGUUCAUUACCUGCCAUAUCCUAGUAAAAGAAGGGAUAAAUUAAAUUGGUGGGCAGUUUGCAGGACAAAGGCAAGAUCUGAACUUGACAUGCCCGAGGGGAUUAUCCCGGCUUUUCAAGACGUGAUAGAAGAAAAUCCUCUCAUUGUUGCAACGGACGACAAUUCGACAUAUUUAGCCGAUGACAACGGAGAAGCUGAAGAAGAUGCGUUGUUCGUGCCUCCUGAUGAAACAGAAUCUGACUUUAUCGCAUCCUCAUCAGAUGAAGAUGAAAUUGAAGAACUUUAG